CUCCUAAACCCUGAGAGAAUAAAUUUUUGUUUGUUAAAGCCAUCCACUUGUGGUAUUUCUGUUACAGUAGCACUAGAUAACUAAGAAAAAGAGUGCAAUUUUUUUAUAUUCUCCUCUGAUUAUUAUAGCCUGUUUCAUUUAAAUUUUAUCUGUUGCACAAUUUUUCAGAUUUUUUCAUUUUCAUAUGCAUAUUGUAUUAUUUAACCAACAAUAUUUUGAUAAGUAGGCCACUAACAAGCUAUAAUGAGUAGAAGCCAUUUUACUAAGUUUAGUGCUACGAUUCUUACUAAAUACAACGUUCAUCUUCAAGUGUGCGAUUUUGACAUUAUUCUACGUAAAUUUAAAUACAGGUCUAUUAUUUUGGCAGAUUACUUUUAGUCACCCUGUGUGUCAAUCUUAUUUCAAGUUAGAAAUUAAACCCAUUGUCUCUACCUCCCAUUUAUGAAGAUUAGUGAAAUCUCCAUUAACCAUAAGAUGAUUGUUGCUAUGCACAGAUAAUCUUUAUGACUAUUAUUGAUAGACUGUCUAAAACUGAAUGUUUUUUCUUUGCCCCCCCCCACCAUGGUUUCUGUUCUUCCCUCCCACGCUUCCUUCAUUUUCUUUAACAAAACAAAGAUAAUAAUGUAUACCACUUGCCUCAUUCACAGUGGUAGAAUUAGUGGAUUCUGUCUUUUAGGGGGAUACAUGUAGAAUUAGUUACUGUUAAUUAUAUCAAAUCAGCAGUUUUACUGGACCUUCUGCUUAAUCAGUUUUUCCUGAUUUUCAUCACAUUACACAUUAUUUCAUAAAUCUAUCAAGGCAAAGGAGAGGAGUUUGGGUUUGGGUGGGGAGUAGAGAGGAGGCCAUGGGAGGACUUCUUAUAUAACCAAGCCCUUUAGGAAUGGCUUAGGAAUACUUCCUUUCUUUAGGAAACCUAUGAUGAUUCAGUACUGUCAAAAAACUAAACACCAAAAAUUAGUGUAACAGAAUAUACUUAUUGUAAGUAGAUAUGAUUCGAAUGGGGCAGCAUCAACCCAAAGGGAUCCGGAAGGCACUCCGAAGAGGGAACAGUGGAAGCAGGUUAUAUAGCAGUAUAGUCUCCUGGAGGUCAUUGUAAUUCUCCAAAGGAGCCCAAUGCCUAAGGCAAAACCAUCUUCACUAAGCUGUUUACUAGGCUAUUGUUUGACUUGAAGGUGAUUUUAGAAAAAUAGUUCCUUAAAGGCUCAAAGUGCAAAGGGACAUCUACUGGCAAAUGGCCUGAGUGGGUCACCUCAACUCCAAGGAGCCAGAAAUCUGGAUUCCAGAAUUAAAAGUUUCUCACUACAGUGAUUAGUUAUCAAUAUUUAAAAUAUUCUACAAGAGAAGCAGAGCAGCUUUAAGCUGGUAAACAGUAGAAAGAGAAUACUAGUAAAUUUACAAAUGUGGGGACUGGGGGAUUAGAGCCAACCAAAAAAAUAAAACACUGGUACUCAGGGACUGAAUGAUUCUGCCUUAUGCAGUUUUUGUCUAGCUUACUUGGCGUAUCUAUCUUCUUGUCCCACAGGUCCUAAAAUUCCACAUAACUAAAACUGAGAACCCAUUAUCUUUCCUUACACACCAGCAUUUUCUCCCACAUUCUCUAUAUACAUUAUGUUGUUAGGUGCCUUUGAGUUGGUUCCAACUCAUAGCCACCCUAUGGGGAAAGCCAUAUUUUUGGUUCAAUAGUCCGCUGAAAAGUCAAUGCUGGUGUGCAACAAUGUUUUCAGCAUUUGAUUUUAAUGGAGAAAAUUAAAAACAAUAUAGUCUUUCAUAAACUAAUUAUAUUUUUGAAAUUCUGGAAUCACAUCUUUCUUUUUUGAUGUUAAACAUUUGUUACUUGAAAUGAUAGUAACAGUUGAGGGUAGGUUUUGUUUGUGGUAUUUACCAAAAUUAUUGGCAGAAUCAAGGUAUAAAAAAAUGAAUAUACUUUCCCCUAGUUAUUUUUAUUUGUACUGUUCAAUGAAACCACACUCUGAACCACAGUUCUCAUAUGUUCGUUUACUUGCUCCAGUAGUUUGGAGUGUUUAGUGAAAGUGAGAAUUACCUGGAACCUAGAUAAGGAUGCAGAUUCUUGCCUUUACACCUAUAUCUGCCGAAGAGAUUCUGGCAUCAUUUCCUAAGCCUUAAGUUACUUUGCAACUAUCCAGCUACUUUGCAGUCUGAGUUCCUUAAAAUACAGGGAACCUGAUUCAUUCAAUGAGUUGUAUCCAUCUGUCCCCAGAACUUUUGGAACUUACUUAGUUUCUUGAACGAAUGGGCCACAUUUUGAGUUCAAUAGAUUUUGUGGACUGGACUGAUCAGACUAAAUAUAACUUUGUUUCUAUAGGGCAGGUACUCAGCUCAAAUGUACUGAAUGUUUCAUUAACUGUAGAAAUACGUUAAACCUCUUAGGUUUUAAAUGAGGUAAUUACAUCUUUUCAACUUGCUCCAUAUUUUGUCCCAGAACUCACCAUUUUUUAAAAUUAUUUGCUUUGAGAUUACCAUGCAAAGAGCAAGGUAACCACUGGUGGUUGCGCGGAGCGCGGAGCGCGGGGCGAGGCCGGCUGGUUCCUGCAGUGCCCAGGCCUGCACGGCAGCGCCCUGGCAGAACCCAGCUUUGAAGACAGACGCCUUUACCAGCGCGGCCAGAGCAAGAAGCAGCAACGCGCUCCCCUGGGGCAUUGUGUGCGCGCCGGUCCCGGAGAUCGCAGCCCCAGGGGGGCAGCUCCACUGCAGGAGACAAGACACGCCUCAGCCCGGGCAAAUUCCCGGCCUCCUCUGGCCCUUGGCCAGUAGCAGUCGCCUGCCACCUCCUUUCCUCCUGCACCGUCGCCCCGGCCGUCCUGCCGGGCCCGGAACUCGCCCGCGCCUCUGUCACGGCGCUGGCGGCGCAGUCGGGGGCGACACCGAUGUGGCGCAUGCGUGGUGGCGCCACUAGGCGCGGGAGCUGCGGCGGCGGAAGCAACAGCGGAGACAGCUGUGGACAAGGCCGCCCGGGCCGGGCUCGCGGGGCCGGCGGCGGCGGCGUGGGCUGGCGAGGCCGUGCAGGCGGCGCCCGACAGCAGCUGGAAGAGCGGUUCGCGGACCUGGCGGCGAGCCACCUGGAGGCCAUCCGCGCGCGGGACGAGCGGGACCGGCAGAACGCGCGACUGCGCGAGGAGAACGCCCGGCUACGGCUGGAGAACCGACGGCUAAAGCGCGAAAACCGCAGCCUCUUCCGUCAGGCCUUGCAGCUCCCCGGAGAGGGCGGCGACGAGGCACCUGCAGUGGCGACGGAAGCAGCCACGGCCCCCGAGGCGGCCGGCGCGAACAGGAGGGCGAGAGGCAACGGCCUUGAGGACGAGCCAGACAGCCCCAGGGCCCUGAGGGCCCGGCUGGAGAAACUGGAGGUCAUGUAUCGCCGGGCCCUGCUUCAGCUGCACCUCGAACAGCGGGGGCCACACCCGCGUGGGGACAACGAGGAGCGGCCACUUCGGGAACCCGAGUCAGGCCUCCGGACCCCGGACCUGGAGUCUCCCAAAUCUUGGCUGUAGCCCGAGGCCCAGCCAGGAAGGGGCGGGCCUUGUAUGGGCCCCGCCUCCUCCGUGUGCCCUACUCUCCCAAUCCCUCCAUACCCCACGGCGCACGCUUCGGCCUGCGCCCCGCCUGCGGAACUUUUGGAGCGCUCUCCUCUUUCAUCUCUCGUCUUCUCCCCGGACACUUCCGGGAGGCGCUACGCGUUGGGCCCCGCAGAGGCUGAGAUAGAUGCAACAGCCGUUGGAAUCCUCGCUUAUGCAGAGGACUUUCUUGCUGAUGGUUUCCGGGGAGAGAGGCCUAGCAGCGGAGGGGCGGGUUUUAAACAGCACGAACUGGGUGCCAGUCAAUACCUUCUAAUGCCUGAACUUCGCUGGGUGUUGUGAGGACCUGUUGAAGUUUUCCUGUUUUGCUUCUUUGAGGGAUGAAGAAUUUUGAGUUAAUUCAGUUUGUUCAUUCUUAAGUCCCCUAAAGGCUUCAGGCAUUAUCUCUUAAGUGGCCAACAUUUUGUGCUUGUUUUUAUAAGUCGGUUAUUACUUGGGUUUCUAUAAAGCACCACCUUUUAUAAAGAAAGUAAUAUUUAUAACUUGAGACCUCAUGUCUGCUCCUGGCUCCAGAGCUUAUACAUCUAAUACAUACUGGUUUGUUUACCCCCAGAGAAUUUUUGAAGUACCUGCUUAUAGGUGAUCCUUUGAGUUGGUAUAUAAAUGCGGUGCAUUAAAAAUAAAAGCUUCCAACGACUGUUACUUGAAGCGUGGUAAAUUUUCAUAUACACUUCAAGAGAUAUACAUGUAUGCAUUUAUCUUAUUUUAAUAUCUGAAAUUGGUUAUCCUUUUUUAACCUUUUAAACUAACGUUUAAACUAACGUUCUUUUUGCUUUAACAAUGAUCUUUUUAAAUCUAAAGAUUAAAAAAAAUUGUCUCAUUCUUAUCACAUUUUAGACGUGACAUAGUUUAGUCAGUGCAUAGCUAAUUUGCCUUAUUUUAACUGAGAGCUUUUAAGAAAUUAUAAAUCAUUUGUAUAUCAAAAGCCUCAAAAUGAUUUGAUAAUCUCAAUUGUUUCAGUGGCAGAAAAAAAUGUGUUCUAAAAUCACUUUAUUACAAUGUGUCAAUAACACUUUUGCCUCCUAAGCAGUGAAGAAGAUACCAUAGUGCCUGAUAAAAAUCAUGGAUGAAAGAGAGUGUUUAAGUGAUGGUAAUCAGUUCAGGGGAAAAAAAAAUGGGUAGAGUUUUUUGUUAGGGAAAUGACAUAUUCCAAAAUUUCAAUAUAUAGCAUAUAUUACAAAACAAGGUGCCAGGGAAACCUUUUCUGUGAUACAGUCCUGAGUUUUGAAGACACUACAUGCAUUUUGCUUAAAAGUAGUUGAUAUUUGGUCAUAAAUAUUAAAAUUAUCCCUAUGGACAACAAAUGAGAACAAACGAUGAGAAUAGAUAGAUUUUUGAAAAUCAUUUCUAUCCGCCUUCAUUUUCUAACAGCCAAAGAAAGUAAGGAUUUUUAGAAGGAAAUAAAGUAAUCCAUAAAGAAUGUGAAAUUUAGAAUUGAAGAACUGGAAAAAAUACAUAUUGGCCCUACUGCUGCUUACCCGUAAUUUGGGGUUUAAAUUUGUUUUCUUGUAAAACAACGAUAACACCUACCUCAAAAUGUUAUGAGAAUUAAUGGAUAUGAUACAUGCAAAAUACCGCUUCAGAGUAAGUGUUCUAUCAAUGAGAAUUACUAUCCAAAGUGUGAAAGUUGUAAAUUCACAUUUUACAUACACUUUCCCUUUUUUUCUAUAUUUUGUUCCUAUAUAACUGAGCAUUAGCAGAGGUACAUACCUUUUGGAUGAGCUGAGAUUUUUCAUUCUUUAUAAAUAUAUAAAACCCCCCAUUGCCAUUGAGUAGAUUCCUACUCAUAGCGACCCUAUAGGACAGGGUAGAACUGCCCGCAUAGAGUUUCCAAGGAGCACCUGGUGGAUUCGAACUGCCAACCUUUUGGUUAGCAGCCGUAGUUCAUAACCACUACGCCACCAGGGUUUCGUAUAAAUAUAUAGAGGAGAUAAAGUCCGAUGUAAUAAGGGGCUAAUGCAACAUCAAAUCCAAAAAUAUUUGCCAGUUGUGGCAAUGUUAACUAUAUUCAACAAGCAAGCAAAGCAUUUUUUGACAUAAUUAUUUACAAUGUAAGUAUGAGUGGAUGCUAUAUUUGUUACAUUUGCUGGUGAAACAAUUGCAAGGUAAUGAAGCACACACAAAUACACACAAAAGGACUAUUGAGCAUAAUUCCUGAAAGGCAUUAAUAAUAUGAAACCAAAAUGCCCCAUAAAAUAGGUUAAGACUAAUGUGUAUCUUAAUGUUGCUGAAUUUCUCUGUUGAUAACUGAUAAAGCAUCAUGCUGUAACAUGGUAGAUAUUAUGUUAUUUUUUCAUGUGCUGGUAACAAGAUAGGUCAAUAUAAAAGACUAGUUUUUUGGGUUUUUUUCUAUUCUGUUUCUAAUUUUGGAAGACAUUUAGUUUUUCAGUGGAUCUUAUUAUCAAUUUAGUAAAUAUUCUGUGGGCACUUGAAAAUAAGAAUUACUGUCUUUCUAGAAUAGAGUUCGACAGGUACAUUCGAAUACUAAUUAUUGCCCUUAUGUUUUCUUUAAGUCCUUGGGUAGGUUUAUAUUUUAACUUGGCACGAGCCAACCAAAGGAAAAUACUUAUAUUCUUUGCUUGGGAGAGAAGUUCUCCAUUGAUGCUGCUGGACACAAGAAACUAGCAGAUAGUCUCUCUGGCAGCUAUCGUGAUCUUAAGUACAAGAUUUCAGAUGGAAUUGAAACUGAAGAUGGCAGUGCAGAGUAGAAGAAUACUUGUUUCUUGAUAAUAUCAUUGAGGCUCCAGUUUUGUCAUGCCUGGAGUCUGUCCGACAUCUGGAAUUCCAUGUACAUGGGAGAAUACAUUUCCUUAUUGUUUAUGUCUGUUUGAGUUAGGGAAUUUUGCUAAUAGAAGGAACACUACAAUGACACUGUAAAAACGGCAUGGGGGCAGUGUCUGACCUCCUCCAACCCUACAAGCAGGAAGGAGA